CCGAGGCAUACACGCGCAGUCUGACAGCAGCUGAUAAGUGAGCGUUGUGACGCAACCCCCGCCCCCUUUUCUUCUCAUAUUCUUUAAAUUUCUAUAUUUGUAAUAUUCCCAUGUUUCGUGUGUGAUGGCCAACGUAUCAUCUGCUGAUGUGGGAGUUGUGUUUCUUAUCGUGGUCACAGCAUCUCUAGCAAACGCAGGUUUCUCAUCAAGCAUAGAUGUGAGCCAGAGGAAGAACGUGGAAGCUGUUAAUCUGAGCAUGCUGCUGCCAGGCGGUGUGGACCAGCUCGCCGGGGAAGCAGAGCCCUGCUUUGCUUGUGACCCGCCGGGGGCCAGGAGGCGUUCAAAGAGAUGCACGUGUUACACUUACAAGGACAAGGAGUGUGUGUAUUACUGCCACCUGGACAUCAUCUGGAUCAACACUCCAGAGCACACUAUACCGUAUGGUAUGUCCAGUUACCAGGGUCCCCUGCGCAGGAGGCGCUCGGCUGGGACUGAGCAGGGGAGGAGGGAGAAGGCUGCCCAUCGCUGUGUGUGUGCACAGCACGCUGACUCCGACUGCAGCAGCUUCUGCAUGGACAGCAGACAAAGGAGGCCACCACCCCGAGCAGCUCGUAAAACAGACAAGAGGACAGCUUCUCUGCACAUAUAAGUGACAUGCUAAUGACCUUAAAGGGGACAUAUGUUAUUUGGUGCCUUGUGAGUGCUGGAUGAAUAACGUGCAGAGCUGCUGAAAGCGAGGGGCACCAACACUCUCUGCCUGGGUCUGUCCGGCAGGUGUGGACAGUUUUUCAUUAUCCCGUCACAACUCAGGAUGGUGUACAUGAUGGCCAGCUUUUUUCGACAAUGACUCUGGUAGAGCGCAAACACGCCCAAGCCGCGUGAUGUGGAGGCCACUUCAAGAGCUUCUGCCAGCCAACUCCACCAUCUCCAUUCCGUUGUAUACCCAAGAACGGUAUCACUCCACAGGGACGUCAUUCUACACAGUCACUAAAUCAGCAGUAUUUUCUU